CAGCGGAGCGCAGUUACAGAUGGAGAAGCGCAGCCGCCCAGGCGAGGUGUACAGCCGAGCCAGAACGACGUGACAGAGACCCCCUCUCGUGACACACGAUCCCCCUCCCCGAUACUCCCCCGUCUUCUGCACGCGCUCCGAGCUCUGCUACGCCGGGCUUUGCUAUUGUUUUUGUUUGUUUGUUUUUUGCCGGUUUCGCACUUUUUUCCUUCACGAGCGCUUUUCUAAGCUACUCUGAAGAAGGAGGGCACUCUGACCCCGGAUCUCGCGCCUUCACCAUCUUCCUCCUCCUCCUCCUCCUCUCCCCCGCGCGUCAGAUGACGGCGGCGCAGCGCGCGCUCUGUCUGGCGGCGCUGCUCGCGGCCGCCUCGGCUGCCGGCCGCACGGCGCGCGCCUCGGGCCCCGUGGUGCGCUGCGAGCCGUGCGACGAAGGCGCGCUCGUGCAGUGCAAGCCGUUGCCGCGCGAGUGUGCGGAGCGCGUGCGUGAGCCCGGCUGCGGCUGCUGCAUGACGUGCGCGCUUGCCGAGGGCCAGCCGUGCGGUGUGUACACGGGCCGCUGCGGCGCGGGGCUCACGUGCCAAUAUCGACCAGGCGAGACCAAGCCUCUACAGGCGCUGCUGGAGGGACGCGGGGUGUGCGCGAAGGCGCCCCGCAACAAACCGGCCGGAGGCGUCGUGGCGCGCGGGAACGAAAGCCAUGUGGUUCCAGAACAGGAGCGUCUCUCCAACUCUACUGUGGCAACGGUCACCGAGGGCAUUGAGGUGGCGCAGCGCACAGCAACAGAUUCAGGGCUUGAUGUGGGCAGCCAGAGAACAGUGCUGGAGCCUAAAGGCUCUCUGCUGCACACCAAACUGGGCAUAAUUCAGAAGGAGCAGUCAAAGAACAGCCAGAGCUACAAAGUGGAGUCAGUGGCCAGCAGCGUCCACACUGACAUCCACAAUUUCAGUCUGGAGUCCAAAAGAGAGACUGAGUAUGGCCCGUGUCGUAGGGAGAUGGAGAGUGUUUUGAAGAGUCUUAAGAUAUCCAAUGUGUUGAACCCCCGAUUCUUCCGCAUUCCAAACUGUGACAGAAAGGGCUUCUACAAGAAGAAACAGUGUCGUCCAUCCAAAGGCCGCAGAAGAGGUUACUGUUGGUGUGUGGACAAGUAUGGACAGGCUUUGCCAGGCUAUGAAGGAAAAGAACAAGGCCAAGUCCACUGUUAUAACCUGGAAAAAAAAUGAGAAGAUGGAGAGAUGGGUGGAGGUAUGGUAUGAAUCCACAGUGAAAGGGGGGAGGGGAGAUUUUUACAGGUGCUGCCCUAUUGCUGAGCACCUCACCUAUGCGCUGGAGCAAAGAACUCAUCAGACCAGGUCACUUUUACACAUCAGGGGAGUGAAGGGGGAGGGGUGAGAUGACGAUCUGCACUAUUCUUCUUGUCCUGUUUGGAUUAUACCCGAAAAGGACACCAGAGAGACGCUAACAAAAAGGACAUCCACACGUUGCAUUUCUAAAAUGCCCAAGAUUAACACUGUGUUCGUAUGCGUACAAGAGCUAUAUAACCUACGCGUACAUGUCUGGGUUACAGCAUACAGUCAACCCUUUCUCUUUUCUGGUAAAAUGAAGAGCCUUCUUUGAAUCACUGCCAUGACUAUCACUGUCUCUCUCAUAGCCCCCUGUCCCUUCCAAAGGCUUCCUAUUACUGCCUGGUGUAGGACCUUCUGUUUGAAUAAAAUAUGGGCAUGCUCAGUAGUGCCGGGUCUGCUCCUGCCAUUGGCUCCAUCUGAAGCACAAGCACUUGACGCACUUUGGCCCCUCGCUGAACAGCUACUCCGGUUUUUAACAGUGGCCGUGUCAUAAUACUUUUUUUUUUUUUUUUUACAUGUACAAGCAUCUAUUACAAAAUUCUUUUCUUUUAUGCCAUAUCAGGACCUUAUAAAUCACGCUGAAUGACCUUUACAAAAGUCACUUCAGCGCAAUUUUUGUUCCUGUUUUUUUUUUUUUUCCUUUAUUCACUGUAUUUGCUUCUAAGUUCACUUGCUCACUUAAGCCCUUGUUAAGGAUUUGGAAGAUUUGUUGCAUGUCUUUCUGAUGCCUGUUUUCCUGUUCAGCUGGAAAGAGAAGAGGAUGUAAGAUAUCAAAGCUGUAGCCUGCAGCAUGCUUCCAAAUAGAUUCCAGAUGGAUAUAAUACACAGCACACAUCUUCAAUGCACUAAUAUAGAUCACAGAGCACUUAAUAGUAGCAAUGCUGAUUUUUAUACGCCAUUUUUAUAUUGGCACUGGUAUUCUUCUCAAAUAUUUGAAUGUAACGGAAAUGCGACAGUACCUUGCAUUGCCGCUGCAUAGCUGGUGCACUCCAAAGCUUGACAAUAAUCACUGGCAGGUUUUUUUGUUGUCGUUUUUUCCUGUUCUUCUUCUUCUUUUUAUUUUUUUCAAAUCAAUGCCUUAAUCUCUUCAGUGCCGAAAUGUGACAAAUAACAGUUAGAGGUGGAAAGUGAGUGUUCUGUCUCUUUACAUAUUGUCCAGCUAUUUUACACAAACGACAAGGCUACAGGUGACCCUGUUGGAUAGGUUGUGUUUAUUAUGUUACAGGAAGGAUGUCUGGUCUUAUUCUGUCUCUGUCUGACCUCCUGAAAAAAGACUUGAAAAGUGGAGGGUUCCCCGGAGAGGUGACCCACCCAGCAGCUCAGUAGCACAGAAUCGGCCAAAAAGCUUGACCCUUCCCCUGACAUCCCAAAAAAAAGACCCCUCUCAAACACUACAAAUUCACAUACGAUAAAGACUAAAGACUUAAGAAAUGUUGGUGCUACACCGUUUCUCUUUGAAUGACUUGAUUUUGGGGGAAGAGCAUAAAACUAUGCUUAGCUAUUGGCCCUCCUUCCUUUAACUUGUGUGUUAUUUUUAUUUGAGUAUGUUUGCUGUCACGCAAUUACCUUAUAUCUCCAUUUUCUUUUUUCAGUUUUUGACAUAAUGUGAAUCUGGCAGAAUUGUAUGAUGAAUGGACCAAUAGAAAUGAAAAUGUACCUUUUUAUAAAAUCUUUUUUUUCAUUGACUUCCAUUUAAACUCCUGUAGAGUUGCCAUUUCGGAGAUAGAAGGUUUUUGCGUGACCACAGUGAUAUAUAAAUAUAUUAUUUCUGGCCAGCUAUGUGUAUGAAGAGGCAUGUGAACAUUACUUUAAAAGACCGAAGUUAUUUAUCGAAGAAAGAGAUAUAAGCUGAUCCAAACCUUUUCUUUCUUUUGAGAAUUAAGUGACUCAUUGAUUGCACAACAGUGAAUAGAUAGAACUCAGCAUGUUUUUGGGAAUAUAAUCACUAAAGUUAUUUUUGUUUUAUAUAUAUAUAUAUAUUAUAUUAUUAUAUUAUAUAUAUAUAUAUAUAUAUUGUCAACAGUGCAGUGUGCAAAAUCUCAGCGAUUAAUUAAGGAAUGGUUCUGUUCUUGGUAGAGUGGUGUACUAUAAAACAUCUUCAGGUUUCUUAGGUCUUCUCUUGGCAUAAACUACUAGAUCUAAGCUAAGUGUUAUCUGAUCUGAAGUUAGUCGUUGGCUAAGUUAAAUAUUUAGAACAUUGUUCAAGAUUAAGCUAAAACAAAGUGAAUGUUCACAUUCAGCUGAUGCUAAGCUAACAUUUCAUCUGCAGCUAAGAUAAUAUCAGAGCUAAGGGAAAGCUGAUGUACAGAAGAAAAAAAACUUGCCACCCACAUUCUGUUGUGCAAUGCCAGGGCCACUUCUCGCCGCAAGUCACUUUUAAGGAUCUCUCCGUUCACGGGUAAUUGUAUUUUCUUUUUUUUUAUCAUUUAAAAGAAUUUUGAUUCUUUAAAAAGCUUUUCAUUUUACUAAACUAGAUAUUACACAGCUAUGCCUUUCUUUAAGAAAGGAAAUGUUUUUUUGUUCAAAUAUAAUUUGUAUUUAAUGUCUUUUUUAAAAUAAAAAUAAACACUAUUUUAAUUUAAACUUGA